AAGUAGCACCAAUGUAAUUGCGUAAUACGUCUAGCAUAACAUUUAAGGCUACAAUAUUUCAUGAUAACGAUAUGUGUAUGAAAGCUGCAAUGAAAUGAUAAAAGCUUUGUUUAUUAUUCUAUAUAUGUAGACAUUUAUCGCAUCACAUCGUAACGAGGUCGUCUUAAUCGCGUCAAUACUACUGCUCUGUCGGUCACUUAUAAAUUUUGCAAUGUAUAGAUCAUUACAUUGCAUUAGCAAGUCCAAAAUUGGACGAUUUUCGAACGUUGCCAUUACGGGAAAAAAAUUUGAAUAUUAUCUAAUCGAUAAGAUAACAUUUUUCGUUUUCUAUUUUUCAAGUUCUGUUUUCAAGUAGUUAAAGAAAUAAAUUAAGCGUGUUUAGUAGAUAAAGACUGCGUUUUUUGGCGCUCACCGCUGAGCAUUAUUGCAUUCUUGUUGUUCAUCAAACAUUGAAUAAGUGAUGCUUAUAAGCGCUCUGACAGACGAUGAGAUUGAACAACGUGUCUCUUAUCUUUGUGCUGACUAUUUUAAGUGAGUGCCUUUAUGGUUCUUCUGCAUCAGUGCAACCACCCAACAUCAUCGUUAUCAUCGCUGAUGAUCUCGGAUGGAACGAUGUUAGUUUCCACGGUGCCGAUGAAAUUCCUACGCCAAAUAUAGACGCUCUUGCGUACAACGGUGUGAUAUUGAAUCGACAUUAUGUAAUGCCGACAUGUACGCCGUCGAGGACAGCCUUCCUCACCGGAAAAUAUCCUAUAAGGACAGGAAUGCAGGGUUAUCCUUUGAGAGGAGCCGAACCACGUGGUAUACCCUUGAACAACACUUUUCUACCUGAGUAUCUUCGUAAACUCGGGUACGCCACUCAUCUAAUGGGAAAAUGGCAUGUCGGUUAUCACACGAAAAAUUUCGGACCCACCCGUCGGGGUUUCGACACCUUCUUGGGAUAUUAUAGUGGCAUGAUUCAAUAUUUCAAUCAUACACUCAACGAAAGUGGACAAAUGGGUUACGAUUUACAUCGAAUAGUGGGCGAGAGUCACACGGUCGAAUAUAGGUACGACUACAUGACCGAUAUUAUAACCGACGAGGCUGAAAGUAUUAUCUCAUCGCAUAACACCGAGAAACCUAUGUAUCUGCAGCUGUCACAUCUCGCCCCACACUGCAGUGAUGCAGCAGAAGUUAUGGAAGUACGCGAUUGGGUAGAAACGAAUGCCACUUUCGGUUACAUUAAAGACCUGAAGAGAAGGAAGUACGCGAGUGUCGUUGCAACAUUAGAUAAGUCAAUCGGUCGGGUUGUUGACGCGCUGAAGAGGAAGAAUAUGCUAAAUAACACGAUUAUACUUUUUAUGACCGAUAAUGGAGCGCAAACUACAGGUUACUUAGAAAAUUACGGAUCCAAUUAUCCACUACGAGGGUUGAAAUUCUCCCUGUUUGAAGGCGGCAUACGAGGUGCGGCGUGUAUCUAUUCACCUUUGAUUCUUAAUUCGAGCAGGAUCUCGACACAAUUAUUUCAUAUUACCGAUUGGCUGCCGACUCUGUACUCCGCGGCUGGUGGCAAUCCAAGUGAUCUGGAUCAAUUGGACGGCAUUGAUCAAUGGUCCGCAAUCAAGGGUGAGAAAACUAGGAAACGGAAAUCGAUUCUCGUGAAUAUUCAAGAGGACAAGGCUGAGGCGGCGUUAAUAAGAAAUUAUAAACUCGUUAGAGAUAAGUCCGAUUAUCAGAAGCACUAUAAUUAUUAUAGCGGUAACGACGUGUCGUAUCCCGAGUAUAAUGUGACGAGUGUUCUUACGUCGCCGGCCGCAUCGGCCAUCGCGAGUGUUUCGACUCGCUUGUUAACGGCGUCUAAAGUAAAAGCGCUCCGGAAAAGAGCCAUGAUAGUUUGCAAGAAUGUUACGAAUGUCUCCAGUUGCACGAACCGCACCUGCUUAUUUAAUAUCAACAAGGAUCCUUGCGAAAUUACGGAUCUAUCCUCGGAGCAUCCUAAGGUCGUCGAGAGAUUGAGCGUAUUCAUCGACAGCUAUAAAUCGGUCCUCAUGAAGGAGACUAAUACACUUGUCGAUCCGGCUGGCUUUCCGUUCCACUUUAACAACACUUGGAUGCCCUGGCUGUCGGACGACUAUCAGCCGAUCUGCGAAAUGCAUUUCACGGCGAACGAAGUUAUGUUGUGGCGACCUAACGGCUUCACUUUGACUUCGUGUUAGAGCCGUAUUUGCGUUUUUUCCACUAUGGAAUUCAGCCGGAACCAGUUUUGAGACGUCAAUAUGUUUCUAGAUGGAUCUUAAUGGUCAGUUUAAUACCGACAAUGAGCGACGUGUUUGUCACAUUUUUAAACGCGAAAGCUCUUUGAAUUGUUUCUUUUUGUGUUCUUCAGACAAAACGUUUGAGUUUUCUCUUUCUCGCUGCUCAAUAAUUCUUUGAAAGGGGAUCGUGCAAUAAUUUUUGAUAAAAAAUUGCAUUUACGUGUUUUAAUUGAAUUUGACUUACGUAUCGAUUGAGUGUUAAAACGAGAAAACUUGUACAUUAAGAAAGUAAUCUAAAAACUAAAUUGAAAUGUUAUAAAGUAAGAUGAAUUUAAAAAAUAUUAUAUAUUUUUAUAAUAAAAAUGAUUAACGGUUAAUUUAAUUAAAA